AUGAUAGCAGCUGGUCCGGACUGCACCGGACCUGUUGUUUAAGCUGCCCGUCUGUGUGCACAGGAUUAUAGAAGUGCUUUAAGAAUAAGAGUUAUGCGCUCACCGGUAUCUGAUGUUAGGCAGUCCACGUUAGUACCCGAUCUGGGACAAGAGCUGUUUGCCGGUUCUCGGAUGUGCUCCAGUAUCUCGGCCUCGUGGAGUUGGCGUGUGACGUCACUGAGAGCUCUGCUGGAACAACGGCCUCACCGGAGUGGAGAUGGAAUAGGAGCCAUGGCGCGUAUCCUAUUCAUCGUGGGGCUGUGUUUGUAUUCACUGGGAUACACCAGCGCACAACAAGGUGGAACUGAAUGUUUAAAAGCCAAUGCCAAAUCAUGUGGAGAAUGCAUACAAGCUGGACCAAACUGUGGGUGGUGCACCAAAGUGGACUUUUUGCAAGAAGGUGAACCCACAUCUGCGCGCUGUGAUGAAUUGGCUGCACUAAAAAGUAAAGGAUGCCCUCAGGAAAGUAUUCAGAACCCCAGAGGAAGCAAGGGAACGCUAAAGGAUAAUCCCAUAACAAACAAGGCCAAAGGAGAACGUAUGGACCCUGUAAACAUCACCCAGCUCCGCCCCCAGCAACUCAAAUUCGAGCUAAGAUCUGGUGAGCCCCAGACAUUUAAUUUAACCUUCAGAAGAGCCGAAGAUUAUCCUAUUGACCUGUACUAUCUUAUGGACCUCUCAUACUCCAUGAAGGACGACUUGGAAAAUGUGAAAAAGCUCGGCACCGAACUUAUGAGAGAAAUGGAAAAAAUUACAUCGGAUUUCAGGAUAGGUUUCGGAUCUUUUGUGGAGAAGACAGUAAUGCCUUACAUUAGCACUACUCCUGCCAAACUCAUCAAUCCCUGCACCACAGAGCAGAACUGUACUAGUCCAUUUAGCUUUAAAAAUGUCCUUAAUCUUACAAGCAACGGCGAACUCUUCAACACCCUCGUAGGCAAACAGCAAAUCUCUGGUAACCUGGAUUCUCCGGAAGGUGGUUUUGAUGCAAUAAUGCAAGUUGCUGUGUGUGGGGAACAAAUUGGUUGGAGGAAUGUCACCCGCUUGUUGGUCUUCUCCACUGACGCCGGGUUUCACUUUGCCGGAGAUGGGAAAUUAGGAGGAAUCGUGCUGCCAAACGACGGAAAAUGUCACAUGACUGAUAAUAUGUACACAAUGAGCCAUUACUAUGACUAUCCAUCCAUUGCUCAUAUAGUACAGAAACUUAGUGAAAAUAACAUCCAGACUAUCUUUGCCGUCACUGAGGAUUUCCAGCCAGUUUACAAGGAAUUGAAGAACCUGAUACCCAAAUCAGCCGUAGGGACUCUGUCCUCAAACUCCAGCAAUGUAAUUCAGUUGAUCAUUGACUCCUAUAAUUCUCUGUCUUCAGAACUAAUUUUGGAAAACAGCAAAUUACCAGAAGGCGUCACGAUCAGCUACAAGUCAUUCUGCAAGAACGGAGUAGUUGGUACAGGAGAGAAUGGAAGGAAAUGCUCCAACAUCUCACUGGGAGAUCAGGUUGAGUUUGAGAUCAGUGUAACCGCUCACAAGUGCCCCAAGAAAGACCAGACUGAAUCUAUUAAAAUCAAGCCUUUGGGUUUUACCGAAGAAGUAGAGAUCCUUCUGAAAUUUAUCUGUGAAUGUGACUGCCAACAGUCUGGCACACCCGACAGCCCAGAAUGCCACUUUGGAAAUGGAACUUUCGAAUGUGGAGCAUGCAGGUGUAAUGAUGGUCGUAUAGGAAAACAAUGCGAGUGCAGCACCGAGCAGGUCAGCAAUGAAGAUAUGGACGCUCAGUGCCGGAAGGAGAAUAGCUCGGAGAUCUGCAGCAACAACGGUGAUUGUAUCUGUGGGCAAUGUGUGUGCAAGAAGAGGGACAACCCCAAUGAGGUGUAUUCUGGCAAAUACUGCGACUGCGACAAUUUCAACUGUGACCGAUCUAAUGGACAGAUCUGUGGAGGUAAUGGAAUUUGCAAAUGCAGAGUAUGCGAGUGCUUCCCCAACUUCUCCGGAAGCGCAUGUGAUUGUUCAGAGGACAAGUCGACAUGUAUGGCGUCAAAUGGCCAGCUGUGCAACGGAAGAGGCGACUGUGAAUGUGGAAGGUGUAAAUGUACUGAUCCUAAAUUCCAAGGACAGACUUGUGAGAUGUGUCAGACCUGUGCAGGCGUUUGCACUGAGCACAAGGAAUGCGUUCAAUGUAGAGCUUUCCAAAAAGGAGAGAAGCAAAAAGUAUGUGAUAGUCAGUGCUUCCAUUUCAACUACACCAUGGUGGAUAGCCGUGAUAAGUUACCUCAGCCAGGACAGGCUGAUGCUCUAACACAUUGCAAAGAGAAGGACGCCGAUGACUGCUGGUUCUACUUUACCUACUCUGUCAAUGCAAACUCUGAGAUUCAUGUACAUGUGGUGAAGGAUCCAGAAUGUCCCAGCGGCCCUGACAUAAUACCAAUUGUUGCCGGUGUGGUCGCUGGAAUCGUCCUUAUUGGGCUGGCCCUCCUGCUUAUAUGGAAGCUUCUCAUGAUUAUCCAUGACAGAAGAGAAUUCGCUAAAUUCGAAAAGGAAAAAAUGAAUGCCAAAUGGGAUGCUGGUGAAAAUCCCAUCUACAAGAGCGCGGUGACAACGGUGGUGAAUCCGAAAUAUGAGGGAAAAUGAAAAAUGUUUUUUUUUUUUUUUUUUUUGUGUACAUUUUACUACACUGUGUAUGCAAGAGUAGCAAUUUUUUAUUUUAUUUUUUUUUUUUUCAUACCCACCCGCUGGGAUCAGAUGGGCUGUACUGCAACGAUUUACUAAAGCAUAACAGUGUUUGAUGUUUAGAUUUUCACUUGUACAGUUUAUGUAAAAAGAAAAAAAAAAAUGUUUUUUUUUGCAAUACUUGGUUUGCAAGAAAAAGCAAUGGGUGCCAUUGGACUAUAAAAACCACAUUGAAUGCUCAACCUUUAAGUCAUUGAAGGUCACUUUGUGCCUUUUUGACCUUUUGUGUAAGUGGAGAUUUUUGUUCUGUAGCAGUGGUCUGCAAACUGCGGACCUCCAGAUGUUUCAAAACUACAAAUCCCAGAAUGCCCGGACAGCCGUUGGCUGUCCGGGCAUGCUGGGAGUUGUAGUUUUGCAACAUCUGGAGGUCUGUAGUUUUGAGACCACUGUUCUAUGGGGACGGAGGGUGAUCACAGAAGGCUUUUCCGAUCAGAGUAUUACGAUUUUUUAGGUCUGCUUCACAGGGAACGGCAGGGCUGGAAUUUACAGACAAGCAAACGUAUACGUGAGGCGUACCUCAGACGGUUUAGAAGGUGCAGCGAGGUAGAUUGGGUUUGUAUUGUGAUAUAUAUAUAUUGUAUUGUGAAUACCAAAAAAUCGAAAGUGAGCAGAAAAAGCAAGGUGCCGAAAAUUUUGGAAAAUGGUACAAAAAUAGGGGGGCUCACCAAAUCAUACAGUGGGUGCUACUACUCAGUAAGCAAAGAACUUUCUAUACAAGGGUAAGGAUUUACUGUAAAGAGUGCACACCACAGGAUCAA